GCCUUCGGGACUGGAGAGCGAGAGCGAGGGAAGGAGGAAAGAUGCGGUGGAGCUCGGGGCUUGGCCGGGGGGCGCCGCCAAUGCCGCCGCAGCUCCUGCUGCUGCUGCUGCUCCAGGGGGCGGCUGGGGAGCCGUGCGCCGCCGCCUCGCCUUGUCCUUGCCGGCGAGGAGUGUUGGAUUGUAGCCGCCUCCGUCCGGCCGGCCGGAGUUUGGAACCGGGCCUGCUCUCGCCGUUGCCUCCUAGCAUCACCGCGCUAGACUUGAGUCAUAACCAUUUGUUAUCUUCAAACUGGAGCAUUGAUUCAUCAGGUCAAAUACUAGAAGAAGUAAAGAUGAAUUAUAAUGAGCUAACUGACAUUCCCUACUUUGGUGAAUUGACUUCUAACAUCACAUUACUCUCACUAGUGCAUAAUACAAUCCCAGAGAUUGUCCCUGAACAGCUUCAGCUUUACAUUUCCUUGGAGAACCUCGACCUCACCUCUAACUUUAUCUCUGAAAUCAAGGCUUCAUCAUUCCCACGGAUGCAACUGAAGUACUUGAAUCUGAGCAACAAUAGAAUAACUACUCUGGAAGCAGGUUGUUUUGAUAACUUAUCCAGCUCCCUAAUAGUUGUGAAAAUAAACAGAAACAGAAUAAGUAUGAUUCCUCCGAAAACCUUCAGGCUGCCUCAUGUACAGUACUUGGAACUUAAAAGAAACCGGAUUAAAGUAAUAGACAGCCUUACAUUCCAAGGCUUGGACUCCUUAAAGUCAUUAAAAAUGCAGCGCAAUGGGAUUAGCAGGCUAAUGGAUGGUGCCUUCUUUGGAUUGGAUAAUAUGGAAGAACUAGAGCUAGAACAGAAUAACCUGACAGAAGUAAACAAGGGCUGGCUGUACGGUUUGAGGACAUUACAACAGCUCUAUGUCAGUCAGAAUGCCAUUAACCGGAUUGGACCAGAUGCAUGGGAGUUCUGUCAAAGGCUUUCUGAACUAGAUCUAUCGUACAACCAACUGACCCGGCUAGAUGAGUUUGCUUUUGUUGGACUGAGUUUAUUGGAAAGAUUAAAUCUGAGUGACAACAGAGUCAGUCACAUUGCUGAUGGUGUCUUUAAGGGACUUUCAAAUCUACAAACAUUAGACCUGCGAAAUAAUGAGAUCUCCUGGGCCAUAGAAGACUCAAAUGAAGCAUUUGUAGGACUCGACAAACUCAAUAAAUUGAUUCUACAAGGAAACCAGAUUAAGUCAGUCACAAAGAGGGCAUUUUCUGGUCUUCAGGCACUUGAAUACCUAGAUUUGAACAACAAUGCAAUAAUGUCUAUUCAAGAAGGUGCUUUUUCCCAGCCUCUUCUUAAAGAUCUGAUGUUGAACACAAGCAGCUUGCUGUGUGACUGCCAGUUGAAAUGGCUGCACCCGUGGCUUACCCACAGCCACUUAAAGGAUGCUGUUAGUGUCGUUUGUGCACAUCCUGAAUUGCUGGCUGGACAGAGCAUCCUCAGUGUGAACCCUGAAGACUUUGUCUGUGAUGACUUUCCCAAGCCACAGAUCAGAGCACAUCCAGAGACUACCAUUGCACUAAGAGGCACCAAUGUCACCCUGACUUGCAAGGCAGUGAGCAGCAGUGAUUUGCCCAUGUCCACCACCUGGAGAAAGGACAGUGAAAUCUUGUACGAUGCAGACAUAGAGAAUUUUGUAAGGUACCAGCAGCAAGAUGGCGAAGUUCUGGAGUACACCACUGUCCUGCAUGUUUUCAAUGUGAACUUCACUGAUGAAGGAAAAUACCAGUGUAUCAUCUCCAAUCACUUUGGCUCCAAUUAUUCCAACAAGGCCAAGUUGACUGUCAAUGAGUUGCCUUCUUUUGUGAAAACUCCUAUGGAUCUAACUAUCCGAACUAGAGCCAUGGCUAAACUGGAGUGUGCUGCAGAAGGCCACCCACCACCUCAGAUUUCCUGGCAGAAAGAUGGAGGCACAGACUUCCCUGCAGCUCGUGAAAGGCGGAUGCAUGUAAUGCCAGAAGAUGAUGUCUUCUUCAUCGCAAAUGUGAAAAUAGAAGAUAUGGGGAUCUAUAGCUGUAUGGCACAGAAUGUGGCAGGAGGUAUAUCAGCUAAUGCCACCUUGACAGUGUUAGAAACGCCGUCGUUUGUCAGGCCCCUGGAAGACAGGACUGUGGCCCAAGGUGAAACAGCAGUGCUGCAGUGCAUUGCUAGUGGCAGCCCUGCCCCUCGUCUGAAUUGGACCAAAGACGAUGGGCCUCUGACAGUAACAGAACGGCACUUUUUUGCUGCUGCCAAUCAACUCCUCAUCAUUGUAGAUGCUGGAUUAGAGGAUGCUGGGAAAUACACUUGCAUUAUGUCCAAUACGCUUGGUACAGUGCGUGGCCAUAUCUACCUAUAUGUCAUAUCCUCACCAAACUGUGACUCUUCCCAAAGUGGCAUUGGAAUUGAAGAAGAUGGCUGGACAACGGUUGGCAUUGUGAUCAUUGUUGUGGUCUGCUGUGUUGUGGGUACCUCUCUGGUUUGGGUUAUUGUUAUCUAUCAUAUGAGAAGGAAGAGUGAAGACUACAGCAUCACUAACACAGAUGAGGUAAAUUUGCCUGCUGAUAUUCCCAGUUAUUUAUCCUCCCAAGGGACCCUGUCAGAGCCACAGGAAGGCUACAGUAAUUCUGAAGCAGGAAGCAAUCAGCAACUUAUGCCUCCUUCCAAUGGUUAUGUGCACAAAAGCACAGAUGGUGGGACAGCACCAUUGGUGAUCUGCUCAGAUUGCUAUGACAAUGCCAACAUCUAUUCCAGAACCAGAGAAUAUUGUCCUUACGCAUACAUCACUGAAGAUGACCCACUUGAUCAAACACUAUCCAGCCUAAUGGUGCAGAUGUCCAAAGAGCCAUAUCCAGUGUGCCCCCAGCACGAAGCCACUACUCUGGAUAGUCUGUCAGGUGACAGAGACAUGUCUGUCUUCCUUAACAGCCAAGAUCGACUGCAUGAGAGGAAACCCUGUUCUCAGCCAUGCAACAGCGAUCCUUUUCAGCUCUCUUUAUGGGGUAUUAAUAAAGAUCUGGGGGUGUUGCAUCCUCAUUUCUCACCUCAACCAAAGACCCACGAAGUGCCUCGAGUUCUGCGAAGCGAAGGCAUUACGGAAGGUGAGCGUGAGCCGGUUAUUUCCCCCAGGCCUCGCCACCGGUUACAUGAACACAACUUUGAUUUUAACAGGACUCGGAACACACAGGAACAUCAUGAAGCUACAUAAAAAUCAUGGAAGUAGGAAACAGCAGCAAGCUUGGAGCAGUUGACAAUAUCUUUGCUACCUCAGGUUUUGCCACAUGGCCAAAGAUGUUCCAUGCUUGCAACAUAGAGGCUUAGUGGACCAGAUCAGUGACUACCUGGUGCAGGCAAAGAGUGGGCAAGUAAUGGCAGAGAUCAUUUCUUCUGUGAGUUCCACUAAGUGACACAUGCUAAGGCUCAGCAGUCCUGAUGAACUGAAUGGUGGAGAGAAAAUAACAUAUGUGAACGAUGCUUGAAGGUGUUUCUGAUGCCUUGGACACAGACCCAUGAACGCUUCACAAACACUAUCUUUCCUGCUGAAGAAACCAACCUUAAAAGAGCCCCUUUGCAAGAUCCUUUGGUGAUUGUAAGCAUGACAAUUCUUACGGCUACCAGGAAUUCACAUCAGUAUGUUCAGUCACAAUCUUUAUUUACCCUUUCUCUGGCUAAAAGUCUUCAGUUGUAAAUACAUUUGCAUAAUAUAAAUAUUUUGUAUACACUACUAAACAUAUAAAUGUCAGGCUGAAAUGUAAAUUUUUUAUUAUGCCAACAAUUACAUACUGUCGUAUACCAUUCUGACAUCUGCUAACCAGUCUGUAAAAGACUACAAAUGAUUGUUUCCUAGGAUUAAAGGCUUACAGGAUAGUUCAUACACUCAUUUUUUUGCACAAGGGGAUUGAAGUUAUCACAUUAUAUCCUUUUCAGUGGAAGUUUUCACUAUGCAAUGGUUCUUCCUACAUUUUGAUCUUGCAUAUGGGCAGCAGUUGUUAAAGGAAGGAAAGAUCUCACAUGAUUAGUGUAAACUGGCCCUGAGGGUCUGAUGUAUGUGGUCCAUGGGACACACAUGCCUCAAGUGUUUUUCCUGUGUAGACUAUACUUUAUUGUUGGAAUUCUUUGAGACAUCAUUUUCUAACCUUCAUAGAAGCUGAAAAGGGUUAACAAUAUGACAGUACUGAGUCCUUGAGGCUCAAGCUUAGAAAGAUUGAACUGGUGUGUGAAUGAGCCAUCACAGGUCAAAGAUCAAAGAAACAAUACUUUCCAGUGAAAUGUCUCCACGCAACACACGUGACUGGGAGAAAUAUAGUGGUAAGCACAUGGCGUGCAUUGGUCUUAAGAAAUAAAGAGUAGAACGUCUACAGCCAGCCAUUGAAGACCUCUUGGUCAUUCCAGGUGGCAAAGUAGGAAUGCAGAGGAAUUUGUUUCACUUCUUAAUAUGCUGUUAUACCCCAGAAUGAAAUGUCACACAUGGGAGAUGAUUAUGACUAAAGUGAUCUUGUGGAGAAACUGCAUAAUAAGGAAGAUUAUCUCAGGGUAAAGAAGAAAAGCUAUACUAAUAUAGUAAUUAGUAAUAGUCAUUACUAAUCUUUUCUGCUGUGACAUUUCAUGGUUCUGGAUUGCAGCUUGAAUACAUCUUGUAAGCUGUAAAUAUUGCAUCAUAGGUAAUUAUAUUAGCUGUCACCAUUUCAAACAAAACUGUAAAUACCAGUGCAAUCCUAUACAACAUAUAUGUCUGCUCAGAAGUAAGCUAGUAUAGGAUUGUAGCCUAAAUGUGCAAAUUACUCAUAACCUGAAUUCUGUGCAGCGUAAAUGCUCAUUAGUUUCUCCAUACAGUUCAGUAAAAGAUAUUCCCUGAACUAUUUGGGUGUCAUUUUAUAAUUAGAUGUUGGUGGGCAAGAAAGGCCUGCCAGGGUAAUUAUGAUCCCAGUUAAUUGAAUUAAUUUGCAUACAGCUCAUUAUGAAACAGGCUUAGCUAGUGUAAUUGCAGGCUUCCUUUUUGUAGUAGGAAUUCUGGUACUUUCUUAAGGCUGUGUGUGUGUGUCCUGUUACAUAAAGCAGGAGGUUUUGGCUGGGAACAGUGGUAUACUACCUUUUUUUUUCCUUCUUACUUAAGAAUCUCCAUGUUCGUCUUACUUAAGAAUCUACUUGUCUCAGUUAUAGUGACUGACCAGCCAGGUGCCUAAGCUGUACAAGAGCAAACUCCCUACAUAGUGGAUCUUUGCCUUUUGGGGGCAGCAGUGGAAGGUGUCAACUCUCACGCUCCUUAUUCUUGCUUAAUAUUGGUGCCCUGAGUCUUACAGGGUGCUAAAGCCAAGGCCUUCAGGAGUGCCUGAAACAUCCAAAGCCAUGUCAGUCUGUAGUCCACGAGAGGCCUAGCCUGUUCUUUCUGGGGCCAGGGGCAGUUAAUUGUCUUCCAUCUCGGUCAGGUGUAUGUUUCAAAGUACUGAAUGUAUAUGAUCAGCAUUAGAUUACCAUUCUUUGCGGCCUCCCUUUUCUCUACUUGCUGCCUUAUUGUCUGUGACAGCCCAUAUCUGAGCUAGAGCAGCAAAAAUGGAAAAUACUGAAUACACAGUAUUUCGGGAGGGGGAGUAGAACUGUACCAUCAUCCAGAUAACAAAGGGACUUUAGUCUCAGUUGUCAGGGACUUGUCCCUUGGCUGGUAGAGUUAUAUAAGAGAAGUGUCUGGGCUAUUUAAAUAGCCUUUGGUGAAAUACUAGGUGUCUUUUUAAGGCUCUAAAUUCAUGCAGGAUCUGAUCUGCUUUUUAUCUUUGAGGAGAAGACAACUGCAGCAUAAAUCACGCUUCUGUAAUCUUAAGUGAAAAGUAUGCGGUUAAAAUCAUUCAGUAAGGCAGAACUGCAGUGGUAUCUCAUGUUGCUGAUUCUGCAUUUUCAGCAGUACACAUGCACCUCCAAGAUGGUUAAAGCAUUCUUUUCCUACCUGAUGUAAAAGUGUUGCAGAAGAAUGAGCACAAGUCCCCGCCCCCCACUCCCAAGUUAGAAGAGCUUGAGUCUGCCCAUGAAAAAUCCAUUCUACAUAAUUAGAAUGAAAUUAAUCAAAAAUCCAUUCUACAAAAAUCCAUUCUACAAAUUUUAGGAUAGAAGCUGGCAAAUCAUCCAGAACUCCAUCUUGUGUCUGCAUGCAUUCCUGGAAUUAACUAUGCCAAGAUACAAGUGACCCAUUGUAUAAACACCGGUGUAUGACUGGAAACUGAAGAACAUAAAUGCAGAGAGAAAUUUGCCAGUCCAAUCUCACUGUUGACUUGAUUUCACUCUCAACCAUCAUUUGAAGGAAUUCACACAGUUUUAAAGAAGAAAGUGGGUUCAGCAAUAAGAUUGGAUCUUGGGCUGGGCGAAUGAUUGAGGAUGUUCAUGUAUACAAGGGGUUCCAGAAAGGGGUGAAUUGCAAAGGAAAGAAUCUAAGAAUUAUGAAUCAUCUCACUCUUAGGUGAGUCUCUUUAACUUAGUUUAAGAAUACUAUCUCCUGUUUUAAAAAGAAAAGCUUUUUAAGGAAUUGUGUUUGGGAUUGAGACAUGGCUCUUAAUUUUAAAACAUGCUUCACUUACCUAUCCGUUUUUGAAGGGAUCUGUGUUUAAAUUGCAGGGAAGAAAGUUAUUCCACCAGUACAUUUUUGCCAAAGUAAUCAUAGCUGGACAUUUAUAGGGCAGUGCAAACCAAUGGCUCCUUGCUUGGGCCUGUCCUUUCCUUGUAUCUAUUUAUAUUUUCUCACUUAUCAGAAUGUAUAUUUUGUAUAGCAUGUGUAAUAUGUUUGUCUAUUGUAUUAUACCUUCAUCCAAUAAAGGGACCUACAGUGAA